UUCCUGGGGACUUUUAUUUUGAAAUAAAGACGUGUUUGCAGUUUAAUCAUUGAAUCACUAAACAUGCCGCCUUUCAAUAAAUAGACCAACUUCACAUUAACCACCGAAAUUGUGUGACAAGUCAUACAAUUAGACAGGUCUAUUCUUCCACCAGCGCUCCCCCGCUGCUAAUAAAAACAAUGGCAGCAUCUCAGAAAUGUCUUGGAAAAGGAAGCCCUGCUCCUGGUCCUGUGCCAAAGGACCAUAUACGGCUCUUCAGCAUGAGAUUCUGCCCUUUUGCCCAGCGGACAAGACUGGUGCUCAAUGCCAAGGGAAUCAAACAUGACAUUGUUAACAUCAAUUUGAAGAAUAAGCCUGAUUGGUUUCUGGAGAAGAAUCCUCUCGGUUUAGUGCCAACGCUGGAGACCCCGAGUGGUCAGGUGAUCUACGAGUCACCAAUCACCUGUGAGUACCUGGAUGAGGUCUAUCCUGAGAAGAAACUGCUCCCGUCUGACCCGUUUGAGAGGGCCCAACAGAAAAUGCUGCUGGAGCUAUUCUCAAAGGUAACUCCCUACUUCUAUAAGAUCCCUGUUGGCCAGUCAAAAGGAGAAGAUGUGUCUGCACUUGAAGCAGAACUUAAAGAGAAACUCGCCCAGUUUAAUGAGACCCUUGUCAACAAGAAGACCAAGUUUUUUGGAGGAGAUUCAAUAACAAUGAUUGACUACAUGAUGUGGCCGUGGUUUGAGAGGAUGGAGAUGAUAGAUCUGAAGCACUGCUUGGAUGACACUCCUCGGCUGAAGAAGUGGACUGAACACAUGUUGGAAGAUCCCACUGUAAAAGCCACAAUGUUCAGCACAGACACCUACAAGGUGUUCUACAAGUCCUACAUGGAAGGAAAUCCCGAUUAUGAUUAUGGUUUAUAGAAUAAGUCUUUGUUCUCUGGUAAAACA